AGUUGUUUGAAUAGUUAUUGAGGAAACUUAAACAACCCGCCAAUAGAUCCUACUAUCAGACGUUUCUGUUGUGUCGAAUAUGCCAUGUUGCCCAUUGUAAAUAAAACCGUCUUACAAAAAGAUUAUGUUGGGGAAAGUCUAUUUAGACAGAUGGGAGGUGUUUAUUUCUUUUUUUUAUCAACCAGUUAUACAUACUAUUACAAUGAAGACAAUGUCCAUUUCCCCCGUUAAAUAGAGAUGCAGUAGUCGCAUAUUGACUUUUUUUAAAAAUCCAUCUGUACCUAGCUGCUACAUAAAUGUCAACAAAGCUUUAACUGAUGACUCCUUAAGUGUGGUGUUCUGAACCUGGAAACGCUGCGGUUCACAGCUCUUUGAUAAGAGUUGUGGUUUCAAUGGCUUCUCGUUUACUUCCUUUUAAGUAUCGACCUAACUUUAAAAAAGGAAUAUGUGACGCAAUGUGAUUGACAACACUCUUAACUAAUCGCAGUACAGUGCUGUGUGCUGUCAUGCUUUUGUCUGCAAGUGUAUGGCUGAAAAAACUAAAAGGGGGUGGCAACAUAUUGCUGAUCGCCGUUUGGCGUGAGCAGCAUUUUCUCAAGCACAGCCGGUCCGGUUAGUUUUCAGCAGACAACUGAGACGGCCUUAAACAAUAAUGUGUAUAUAGAGUAAAAGAUCGUUUUUCAUUCUUUCUUUACUGUAGCACUAUUUUCUGAUUUUAGGACGUUAUUUUAAUUGUAAAGAUGUUAUAUAAAACUGGUAGGUAUGGAGGUAAUGUCGCCUUAGCCCUGCUGGUUAUCUUUGUGUCGUCGGCCGGAGUCCGCGGUAUUCAGGAAGAGCAUAUACCAGAGCAGUCUCAUCCACAGCAAGAGAAGUUGCCUACCCAGCUUCUUAUAGGUCCAGCAGUGGGUGAGGAUGCUGCCACCAAAGGGAACCUGGGGUUUAUUCAUGCCUUUGUGGCUGCAAUAUCUGUUAUCAUUGUCUCUGAGCUGGGUGAUAAGACCUUCUUUAUUGCAGCUAUCAUGGCCAUGCGCUACAAUCGCUUGACCGUGCUGGCUGGAGCAAUGCUUGCACUAGGGGUGAUGACCUGUUUAUCAGUUCUGUUUGGGUAUGCCACGACUAUCAUCCCCAGAAUAUAUACCUACUAUGUGUCGACAGCAUUGUUUGCUAUAUUUGGCAUCCGAAUGCUUCGAGAGGGGUUGAAAAUGAGUGCUGACGAGGGACAGGAAGAGCUGGAGGAAGUGCAAGCAGAGAUUAAGAAAAAAGAUGAAGAACUCCAGAGAUCCAAGUUGGUGAACGGCAGCCCAGAUGUUGAAGCUGGGGCAGGAAGCAUGAUGCCACAGAAGAGCUGGCACAAUAUCAUUUCUCCAAUCUUCGUUCAGGCAUUUACACUCACGUUUCUUGCAGAAUGGGGAGACCGGUCUCAGCUAACAACGAUUGUCCUGGCAGCAAGGGAGGAUCCCUUUGGAGUAGCAGUUGGUGGAACACUUGGGCAUUGCUUAUGUACAGGACUUGCAGUGAUUGGAGGAAGAAUGAUAGCACAGAAAAUAUCUGUCAGAACCGUUACAAUUGUAGGUGGCAUUGUGUUCUUGGCAUUUGCAUUCUCUGCACUUUUCAUCAAACCAGAUGCUGGAUUUUAACCUUAAAGUUUCAUCCCCAAGGUCAUGGGUGAAAACAGAAGAUUAUUUCUCCUGUAUAUAUGUACAGUGGUUCUACUCUAGAAACGGCAGGCUAGAUACCCUGUCAAAGGUCUGAAUGAGUAUAGCACGGUUACAGAUCCCAUGUGUUUUUUUGUGAGUUUGCAACCCAUUCACUGAAUCAGUGUGCUAUUAGAGGAUUUACUUUUUUAUCCAAUCACUGCAGCCAUGUGAAAAAAAAGUAGCAAAAUAAAUUAUUAGCCACCAACUCUUAAACCCUGAAUUCAGUAUAACUUCCAGAUGUUUUUCAUCAAGGUAUUUUUGUUGGUUUAAAAUAUACAAACCAGUGUAGAGAUUUUCUUUCUUUUUUUUUUUAAACUUGUGAUUUUUUUUUUCUUUUAAGAUGAAGUAUUGCACAUCAGGGAAUUUUUACAUUGCUGGGUUGAAAACUUACAAGAUACUGUACUACAUUGUCAAUAUUUGAUAAACUGCAGCAAACUGAAAGGAAAUAAUUGACUUACUAUAAUCUUGCAGAAAACAUCUGCUUGUACACCGAUACAUGUAAAAAAAUGUUUAAAAGCCAACUGUGCCACAAUAAAGGUGAUGUGUUUGAAUUUAUGGUAUUUACAUAUUUACAUGUUUUAAAUAUGCAGUGUUUUUACUGUAUUCCAUCGAAUUUAAGAUGUUCUUCUCAAAAAUAGCCUGCAUUUUAAAAUCGAUUACAGUAUAGUGAUGCAUGUAUUAAACCACCAACAAAAGAUGUGACUGCCAGAGUACACAAACAGCGACAUGACUUACUGCCGAGAAAAGACAAACCAAAACGUUCCAUCCUGGUCUCGAAUCAUUCAUGACACACAAGCAACAAUUUUCAAUUGCCGUUAGCUUCCUAAGGAAUUUGAAGAGAAGCUUUUACAAUUUCAGCAUUUCUAACAAACUGUACCAGCUUGGACAGAUUGGAAAUGCUGAGCAGACCCCCAUAGUUUUCGACAUGCCAAGCAAAUACCACAGUUUACAAACUGGGAGAAAAACAAGUGUGACAACUGGAAAUGAAAAGCCACACAUAACUGUAAUGCUUCGUGUGUUAGCAGACUGUUGCAAAGUGCCUCCAUAUGCGUAUUUGAGGUUGUAUAUUUGCAAAUGCAUAUUUAUGUUUUCCUCAAAUUGAGAGUAGGAAAUUUGGGCUGCGUCUUAAAUUCAAAGGAAUACGGUACAUAUUCUACAUCGGUACAUGUCCAGUUACAACAUGCAACACAGUGUCGUACAAGCCCUAUAAAUGGAACACUAGGAGACUUUUUUUUUUUUUCAAAAAUGAAAACAAACUACAUCACUGCUGUUUUUUUAGCUCAGAACAUGCUACUAGUCUUGAAUACAUGCAAAGUUACUGUAAUGAACCAACUUUGUGGUCUUAAAGUUGUACAUUGUACAAACCAUACAUUCUCUGUGAUCAGGGAGAGAAUUGGUUUAAUACAUUCUUACCAGACAGGUCUAUUUGUAUGUUUUAAGUAGUGAAGUAUCCUAAAAGUGCUGCUUUAAAAUGUAUAAACCUAUUCAUUUGCGUACCUCAUUUCAUAAGAUUUCUUGUGGUUUUUGCAGUGCCAAAUAUGCUCAGCCCUUUCACAAUUCUGAAUCUAUUUACAUAGAAAUACCGGACAGUCUUUCAUCAUGUGGCAAGUGAAAAUCACCACAGCACAGCCGAUGGAGUAAUAUAGCAGAAAUGUCAUAACCAGCACUAAUAUUUAUCCUUAGAGACAUGUUUUAAAAAAAAAUACUUUAUUAUAUAUAUUGUAUUUUAUUAUGUGUUUAUAUACUGAAAUGGAGGAAGGGGUGUAUGUUAAUGUGAGGAUGGUGUACCUCAUUAAAUGUUUUUUUUAUUUUAUGUUUUUUUUUUGCAUUGCACAUAUUUAAAGCACCAUAAACAUUUGCUAUGUACUGACUGAGUGAAGUUAGACUUCUAAAAUCAAAUAGCUCAUUUAUACAUGAAUCUUGACCCAGAGUUUACCAUUUAAAUGUAAUGAGAAUAAAUUAAAUUGUUAAUGCAUGCAAAACCCUGUUAUUUCAUAAGCUCAGCACAAAGAAAAUGCUGUGCAAUAAAUAGUAUGCAUACAAUACGACACAGAAAGAACACCAAUAAAGAUUCAGAGCUUUAACAUUAAAAACGACAGAACAUAUAAUAUGAUCUAACAUGAUUUCAUUUUCUCUUGUCUCCAAUAAACACUUUCAAAGAACAAUAUAUUUUUAUUGUAAUUACACCUGGGUUUAUUAUUUUUAUUGCACAUUAGAACAUUUUAACUUACUGUAAUAUCAGCAACAAUUUAAAACAGCCAAAGAAACACCAAUUUACAUGAUUUAUUUUAUUUAUUUUUUUUUUUAUUAAACUCAAACUUGCAUUUUGGGAGUAGGUGGAAUACAUAUAGUUUGAAAAUUGGCUUUUUAUUUCCUGGCAUCUCAUUGGCUAGUACCCUUGGCAGGGAGGGGGGACAUUAACUUUCAAUAGAAAAAGUAAGCAUAUCCUUGAGCCAUCUACUCAUCAGUAUUAAAAAUAAAUAAAACUUAUCUGUUUAAA